UUCCAGUUUCCCCAUUCUCUAUUGAAAGUUCAGGUCGAUCGCUUCAGGCCCAGGCUCCGUAUAAAUUAGUUUCCAUUUAUGUGAAUUUUUGUGGCAUUGCUCGUGCAAAGAUUUUUAAAAUUAUUUGUGCAAGGAAAUUUUUUAUACUCGUGGACGAUAUCGAAUAAUUGGCAGCAAGGAUGGCUAGCAAGACGGCAGGCAAGACAGCCGAUAAGACGGCAGAAACCAAGCCUGCGGAGGAGGAGCAGCCACCGGUGGAAAAGAAGCCUCCACCAAAGCCAGUAGAUGAGCAGCCAGAGAUAAACUGGGACUCCUACUGGAAGAACAAUGGCAUGAUGAGCACCAAAAUGACCAAGACUAAGGAUGAGUACAUGACCUGCUCGGUUAAGAAGAACAAGGCCGAGCAGGAGAAGCUCCCAAAGAAACCCAUCUGCUGCUCAGGCUGUCCUGUGAAGGAUCGGGACAACGUCUACACCCCAAAGUGUCCAUCGAAGGGCCAAAAGGGCAAGGCCAACAAGCCCUAUAUGAACUGCUUUGCCUGCAAUAUGAUCUGCCAAAAAUUGGACAUGCCCGGCUGGGAGUUCGAGUGCCGCGAUCAACUACAGAUCCGAGUGACUGUCUGCAAGGGAUGCAAAAUCGUUUUGGACGCGAGUCGCAUCAACGUGAACUGCCUGCCCCAGGAGAAGUCGGCAACAUUCAGCAAGGAGCCAGAGUGCCUGCUAAGGCAACUUAGGGAGGGCAUAAGCUUGGGACUUGUCUACAUGAGGAAGGAAAUAGGUCGAGGCUGUUACUUCGUACCCGAUGCUGUGAUAUACCGCAUGACCCACAACCUUUCGGAAACUGUCCACGACGGGGAGGUGGAACUCACCUGCAAGGGUUGCACCGUCGGCAUCUGCCGUGUCCGCUUCUCCUUAACGAUGAAGUGCCAGUCCUUAGAAGUUGCGGAACAUGGAUGGCCGGAACGGUUGGCGGGCGGCCAAGACCGGGGCAAUACCUCCCCCCAGAUGACAAGCAGGAGCAGUGGCUGGCCUCGGCGCACGGAGAGAAGUCGCUCGUGGACCUCCUCGGAAGUCAUCGAUCUGCGGGAUUGUGGUAGCACUUGCAAGGGUAGGCCACCGAGAAAUACCUAUUCCUGGCCAUCCUCUGAUAUCGCGGAUAUCCGGCAAUGCGGUGGCGCGAUGUUGCAGACGCAGGAAAGGGCGUGCAGUCCCUCCUUCAGCUCCUCCAGCCUCAACGAAGAAACACUUUGCGGAUCAUGCCCCAAAAAUAUUGAUACCAACGUGGACCCGGAGGAUUUGGACUUUAUGGAGCAGAAAACAUCUGCACAGUCGUGUAAUCCCGACUUCUGCGCUGCCCAGGCUGAAGAUGGAAGGCUCGUCGACAUGGCAGGUCCCUUUCCCGUCCGCAAGUGCCCGAAGGACGACGGUUUCUGCUUAACUAUUGACUCUCCGCUAGGGCCAUCGGCCCAGUUCUCCGCCCAAUUGCAAUCUCCGAUGGGAGAAGGAACCACCAACCGGAUGGCACCGAAGAUGUCGUCGCCAAUCCUCAAGCAAAUGCACAUAAGCGACAUCAGAGCCUGUAUUCUCUGCGGCGAGGAUGUCUCUUGGAUGCCUAAGAUAGCCGCGUGUCCCUACUGCGGGUACAAGCCGGUGCCAGACUUCAAAGAGAAACCCUACGACGAGGAGGCCACGGCUGAGAAAAUUCUUUUCGACCAUUUGGACAAUCAGGAGGAUUUCGAUAUGGGCUCUGUGGAAGGAUGUCCCGCGGGGAAAGUUAAUGUGGAGAACGAUCGUACCUCGGAAGCUUUUGAGGCGGUGGUGCGGGACUAUCAGUUACUUAAAAGAAGCAUUCGGGAAUCCUCCAGGAUGAAAACAUGUCAGCCUGCAGUUGAAAAACCAACGAGGCCAGAUCCAGUUGAAGAACAUAAACCGCAGAACCUGGCCAAAGUCUUCGCCGAGCUCAAGGACCUAUUUAAAGCGAAGACAGCUGAAGAGGCAAAGAACCAGAAGAUCCAGGACAUAUGCAAUGAUGCCUGCCACUUGGCCAGGUUGCGCGUCAAAAAGUCAAGGAGUCAACGCAACGCGGAUCGGAAAAAAGCUGGAGAGGUGGCUGGGGCGGAAGAGGACCCCUGCACUGACCCCAAACCUCUAAAGAAGCGAAAGUAUAAGACCAAGCGACCCUACAAAUCCCGCUACUACUCCAUGUACAAGCCCAGGGAGCGACCCCCGAGACCCACCAGCGUCCCCGAAGACAUACAGGUGCCGGGCCACAUGGGCUGGCUGUGGACUGCCCAUCCGCUGGCCUCCCAGCCAGGCUGGCGACCAGGAGCCAUUAGGCGCUCUAUACGCGAUCUGAUGAGCUACUUCCUGGCCGACUACCCGAUAGACAGCAUUCCCGUGUCCAAGUACAUGUCGUAUUACAAGAACAAAAAGCCCCCAAAGACUUCGUCGGCAAAGAAGGAAGAAGAUAUGACGCAAGUGCCCACGUUGCAUAUCGAGAAAAAGAACGACAUCUUCACCAUCACCCUGAGACCCUUGAAGGAUGCUGCGACCUUGGCGAAGUCGGCCAAUCCGUAUGUCAACAUGAAACCCGUCCAGUUCCGGAUCGUGAAGAAUCCUUUUAUAAAGGAGCUGCGUGAUCUGAAGCGCUGCCUCAAGGGCAUUGGCUUCAGCAGUUGCACCUGCCACAAGCCGGUGAUGCAGUGCUACUGCCGGAGUUUCGUGGACAAGAAACGUCUGAUCUACUGUUUGCGGAAGGAGUGCGAGCAGCGUAAGAUGGACUCCUGCGAGGAUGAACUGGUGCUGUCGGAGACCUCGGACAGCGAGGCGGAGUUCGAGUUCGGGGUCACUCCUCCCGCUGGGCUGAUGCAUCCGGAGCGGUUGAAGAGCUCCCACGUUAAAAGCGUGGAGACCCAGUACGACGAAGCCGACUGGGCCCAGCCGAGCAGCUUCCCCCACCCGGCGACUCCUCUGGCCCAGUACUGCGCCUGCGUGAUGGGCGACCGACAAAAGACCUUCAAUUGGAUCUACGGCAAAGGAGUCAUAGACCCUCCACAAAAGCCUCCCAAGAUGAGGAACCCUCCCAAGGACAAGAAGAAGAAGCCUCGUCAGGCUGGUGGCUUCGAUCCGCAGAUAGAAGAAUUUUUACCUCAUGAACUCUCACGUUACGACGGAAGCCAAUCGGUGCCAGUGAAAAGAAACUAUUUAGCUCCAUUGCCGAGUUACAAGCCACCGGAUUAUUCUUCCGACUCGGAGCUUCCGCUGAGCGGCAGCCACAUGAAGCUACUGGAUCGAGCUGCCUAUCCGCCGUCAGCUCCCCAGCGCCGGGAGCCCUGGGCUAGGGAGUUGGAGAAGAUGCUCGAGCGGAAGAAGAUCAAGCGCAGGACCAGGAGGCUGGUCCGCUUCGACAACACCCUGGUGCCACACUCCUCAGACGUUCAGUUGUAGUCUAUCAUUACACUGGAUUAAAGCCAAGUCCAUCCGUCAGCCAUCCAUGUCCCGAAAAAUAGGUAUUUGUGUAAAAUUUCUAGUUUUAAUAAAACGAGAAAUUUGUA